AGGAGCCGGCAGAUGGCUGGCGGCCGCCCCGCAGCCCCUCCGGUCUCCCUAAAGCACCGAGGGGCGGUGGUUUGCUACAUCCCUGAGGGUCGGCUGAUGACCGCUGGUCUUCUCAGCCACGAGACCCUCGUUUCCUCCCUAAUUACGGCAGGCUCUGGCCGACACCCCAGGAAAACCAGCCACUGGCAUCCUUCCUAUUUUAGAACCCCAGCGAGUCGCCGACAGCACGGCUUUCUCUCUGUGCACCCCUCCCCCCCCCAACCCCAGGCCACUGACUGCUUCUGGGUCAAGAGAACCACAGCAAGAUGCAGAGGGUCAGCGCUGUCCACAGGCAUUGGGAACGAAAAGGAACAAGUCAGGCGGCCAGAAAGCGCCCUCCAGACCCACAGCCAGAUGGAUCCCAGCACGGACCUCGGGAACAUCCACAACAGAAGUUCGGCAGGGACACAUCCUGCCAGCGAGAACAAAGUUUUCAGCCAGGAAACCCUGAAAAAAAACAGCCAGGCCCCCAACGCAAGCCGCCCCGACUCGCGUCCCCUUCCAAAACAGAAGCACAGUCUUGACGCCAGCUUCCUGCAGUGGCAGAACUCCAGUAAGGAUCUAUUUUACGGUUCCUGUUCAGUUAGAACUUAAACUGCCACCCAGAGCAGGCCGC